AUGAAGCCUGAUCAAGAUUAUACAGAGUUGGCCUCCCAGAUUACAGAAUAUUCUAAAAGUGCCAGUAAAUUAUUGGAAGAUCACAAGUUUGAAGAAGCUAAGAGUGAUUUUGAAGAAGCCUAUAGAAUUUCUAAGCUUAUUAGAGAUCCCUUUACAAUAAGAAAAUGCGCUUUCAAUCUUGGUGCAGUUUAUAUCAGAUUAUGUCAAGCAAGGAAAGGAAUAGAGUAUUUAGAACUGGCUAUUCCACCUGACAGCGUAGAAGAUAUAUUUACCAACAAGGGAGAUUUAUAUUUUAAUAUUGGACUUGGUUAUGAAAUGUUAAAAGAUUAUCAAAAUGCUGAUUCAUGUUUUAAAAAAGCUUUUAAAGAUUACAGACAUUUUCAAGAAAACAUUAAUGGUAAAAUGAUUGAGGAAACUUUAGAGAAGCUUGCCAAAACUUCACGAUUUAUAAAGAAUUAUGUAGAAUCUGCCGACUGGAGUUCUGAAUUAUGCCAGAUUUAUUUUCAAAAAGGCCAAGAAGAAAAGAGAAUAGUUACUGUUGGGGAACAGAUAGUACAGUUACGAAAAGCCAACGAAAAAGAAAAGUGCCUAAUUUUGUGUGAUCAGAUUGUUUGUAAGAUAGCUGAGAUUAUUAUUUCACCUCUAACAGCCAACAUGUUAAAUGAUGUAGGGUUAGUGUUAUCACAAUAUGAAAGGUUAAAUGAAGCUGAGAAAUGUUAUAAAAAAGCCUUAUCAAUGGUAUCUGCCUUAUCAUCUACUGAAAAACUUACAGCUAUCAUACUACAGAACCUUGGUGCAUUAUAUAACAUCACCGGACAAUACCAUAACUCUAUAGAUUAUCAUAUACAAGCUGCUGCCAAAUUCGGUGAAUUAAAGAAUGGUAUCAACGAAGGCCAUUGUUAUGCUAAUAUGGGUUAUGCCUAUAAUCAAGUUGGGGACUUAGAUAAAGCCAAAGAAUAUUUUCUACUUGCUUUAAGAAAAGCUAAAGAUAAUGGUGACCCUCAUGCUGAAUGGCAGGUACUUGAGAGUCUUGGUUCCAUUUGCUGUAACCUUGGUAACCAUGAUGUUGCCAUAAAAUAUUACACAGAUGCCUUUAAAGCUAUUACCAAAGAUUCCACUUCACAAACAUCUCUGGCAGAAGACAGAAUUCAGGCCAAAUUGUUUACAUUGAUGAAACAUCAAUCAGAGAAACAGGAAUCUACCUUGCAGCAACAGGUUAAUGCUCAACAUAUGCAGGAACAAGAGAUCAUGAUGUUAAAACAGCAACUGCAACAACAAGCUGUUAUUAAUUCUAAACUACAACAACAACAUCAAUAUGAUAACAAUCAAAUGUUUUCACGGCAACCAGUACAUAUAAAUUCUCAAGUAAAUAUUAGGCAACCCCAUGUUGAACACACAGUUACUGAGGUUAAAACAACCAAGGAAGUGGUGGGUGAACCAGACCAUGAUUCAAGUCUAUCAACUGUUCAGUCUGCACCUGAACUAUUACAUAGUAAAAUUGAACAUACCAGGAAGGAACUAAUUAAAAGGAGAUUGAAAGUAAGAAGAUCAGGAUCACAGAGAGAAUUUGAUAAAGUUGCUAGAGGAGUUUAUGUUAGUAUGGGUGCUGAUGUUUUAGACUCUUUAAUCAAAGAAGAGAAAGAAAGUGUCCAUAGCAGUGAUUUCCAGUUUACAGAUCCUGGUAGUGCUUCAGAUACCACUAUAUCCAGUUUAUCUUCAAAUUCAUUAGAUGAUCCUAAAUCACCACAGAAAAAAAAGAAAAGUAUAUUUAAAAUGAUAAAAGAUAAAGCAGAACAAAAAUUAAAAUUAUUAGAAAGAAAGAAGGAAGACAGAGUUGAAGAAGAACCUAUGAGACGUAAUAUACGUUUGGCUCGCAGACAGAGUGAAGAAAAAGGAAGAUUAUUGAAUCAUUCUAUGUUAGUUAUGGAUGAUGAAAGGGAACAAGUAAAACAGGCCAUGAGAGCACAUUUACAAGAAGAUGAUGAAGAAAAUUCACAACAAGAAAAGGUUAAAAAGAAAAAAUAUACAAAGAAAUCAUCACCAACUCAACCACUAUCAUCAUCUUCCUCAUCUACUUCCAUAUCAAGUUCUGGUUCCUCUACAACAUCAUCAUCAUCAUCAGAAGAAACAACUUCAGAUUCUGAGACUGAAGAAAUCGAACCACAAUCCAAAAAAAGUGGUCCUCCAAAUUUACCAGUAAAUUCCCCUCCACAAACACUGGUAAAUACUUACGAGGAAAUACCUGCAGACAAUCCACAUUAUACUGAGAUUGAGCUUGACACAUCCAAAGCAAAACCAGGAUUAAAUUCAACCAGUUUAAGUGAAACAGUUUAUGAAACUAUUCAACAAUCUGAUUCUAUUGACAAGUUACCAACAGUCAAUAGUCCAACUCGAUCAGAUUUGUCUCAGAUGUCAAGAGCAGAACGAAAUUCUAUUGAUAUAGAUGAAGAUGAAGAAGAAGAAUACAGUGAGAGAUUUUUAUAUGAACAACAUUUAAAAUCACAGCAAUCUGUUGAACUACCUGAAGAGAAGGAAGAGAAAUCUAAAGUUUGUGCUAUCAUGUAA